AUGAGUGUUGUUGGUUUUGACUUUGGGAAUGAGAGUGGAGUUGUUGCCGUUGCAAGGCAAAGAGGAAUUGAUGUUGUGCUUAAUGAUGAGUCCAAACGUGAGACUCCUGCUGUUGUGUGUUUUGGUGAGAAGCAGAGGUUUCUUGGAACAGCUGGUGCUGCAUCGAGUAUGAUGAAUCCAAAGAAUACGAUUUCUCAGAUUAAGCGGUUGAUUGGCCGCAAGUUUUCAGAUCCUGAGCUGCAAAGGGACCUGAGCGCAUUGCCAUAUUCUGUGUCUGAGGGGCCUGAUGGGUAUCCGCUAAUCCAUGCACGUUACUUAGGAGAAGUGAGGGCAUUUACUCCAACCCAGGUUUUGGGGAUGGUGUUCUCUAACUUGAAGAGUAUUGCUGAGAAGAAUCUGAAUGCAGCAGUUGUCGAUUGUUGUAUUGGGAUACCUGUUUAUUUUACCGAUCUUCAAAGAAGAGCUGUUAUAGAUGCAGCUACAAUUGCGGGCUUGCAUCCCCUUCGUUUAAUGCAUGAAACUACAGCUACUGCCUUGGCAUACGGAAUCUAUAAGACAGAUUUACCUGAGAAUGACCAAUUGAAUGUUGCAUUUGUUGACAUUGGGCAUGCUAGCAUGCAGGUUUGUAUUGUUGGGUUCAAGAAAGGCCAACUGAAGAUAUUGGCACACUCGUUUGACCAAUCUCUUGGUGGAAGAGAUUUUGAUGAAGUUCUGUUCCAUUACUUUGCUGCAAAAUUCAAGGAAGAGUACAAGAUUGAUGUUUUCCAGAAUGCAAGGGCUUGUCUUAGGCUUCGCGCUGCUUGUGAAAAGCUGAAGAAGGUUCUGAGUGCAAAUGCAGAGGCACCUCUAAAUAUAGAGUGCUUGAUGGAGGAAAAAGAUGUCAGGGGUUUCAUCAAGAGGGAGGAAUUUGAACAACUUAUCGUUCCACUUUUGUCACGUGUGACGGAGCCAUUAGAGAAGGCUCUUCUGGAUGCUGGACUUUCAGUUGAGAAUAUUCAUUCCGUGGAAGUUGUUGGUUCCGGUUCUCGUGUUCCUGCUGUUAUCAGGAGACUGACAGAGUUCUUUGGCAAGGAGCCGAGGCGUACCAUGAAUGCCAGUGAGUGUGUUGCCAAAGGUUGCGCACUACAAUGUGCAAUUCUUAGUCCCACAUUUAAAGUGCGUGAGUUCCAGGUUGAGGCUCCAAAGAAAAAGGUGAAGAAAACAAACAUACCUGUAGCAGAGUUUGUUUAUGGAGGAAUGGCAAAUGCAGAUGUGCAAAAAGCAGUGGAGAAGGAGUUUGAAAUGGCUUUGCAGGACCGUGUUAUGGAAGAAACCAAGGAUAAGAAGAAUGCUGUGGAGGCCUAUGUUUAUGACAUGAGAAACAAGCUUCACGACAAAUAUCAAGAGUUUGUUUUGGAGUCAGAGAGAGGAGAGUUUAUUGCUAAACUUCAGGAGGUUGAGGACUGGUUAUAUGAAGAUGGUGAGGAUGAAACCAAAGGUGUCUAUAUUGCCAAGCUUGAGGAGCUGAAGAAGCAAGGUGAUCCCAUUGAGGAGCGCUACAAGGAGCACAUGGAGAGGGGAUCGGUGAUUGAUCAAGUUGUCUACUGCAUCAACAGUUACAGAGAAGCUGCAAUGUCGACUGAUCCUAAGUUUGAUCACAUCGACUUAGCAGAGAAACAGAAGGUUCUAAAUGAGUGUGCAGAAGCUGAGGCUUGGCUGAGAGAGAAAAAACAACUGCAAGACUCGCUUCCAAAACAUGCUCCGCCAAUUCUCUUGUCAGCUGACGUGAGAAGGAAAGCUGAAGCCGUUGAUAGGUUCUGCAGGCCAAUAAUGACGAAACCAAAGCCAGCGAAGCCUGUAACUCCUGAGAUGUCGUCACCAUCGCCUCCAGAAGGAAGUGAACCGCAGCCUCAGGGUGCCGAGAAUGGCAACCUCCAGACCAAUGCUGAUGAGGGGGCUGCAGCUGGAGGUGAAGUACCUCCAGCUGCCGCUGAGUCGAUGGAAACAGACAAGCCCGAGACCACACCAAGUGCUCCAUAA